AUGGGGCAAAGAUAUGAGCUGAAUCCCAUGUGGAUGGUGAGCGAUAUAGCGAGAGAACUGAUGGAGAAGGCUCGGUUCCCCGAGCGGCGAUGCCUCGGUCUUGACGUAGUUAGCCAGAUGGCUAAGCUAGCCUAUUUUAACGAGCCACAGCGACAUUGGUAG